ACCGACCAUGGGGUGACCCUUAAAAAACAAACCAAAUUAGCAUCAUCUCCAUAAAGAGUCAACCUCCAAUAUACAUCUUCCACAUACAACUACAACACAAGUUCUUUCCACUCGAGAAAAUACCAUUAAUUUUGGUUGCCUUUGCCUUUCUGUCAAUUCUAAAUUAUUACUCCCAUCACUUUAUAUAUAUAUUUUUUUGAUACUUUACUUGUUUACUUUCCCACUAAUCCUUUUGUCACUAUUGAUUUUUCCAGCUAGCUUGCUUGCUUUCCUCUCCAUUUUCUCUCUCCUAGGGUUAUGAAUUUUCUUCUUCUCAGUUUUUGCUGCUAAUUCAGCUCUUUUUUAGCUGACAAUUAUGGUCAGAAAGCAUGGAUUUCAGUUACCAGCUCAUACUUAUCAGGUUGUUGCAAUUACUGUAUUCUGCUUGCUAGUUGUUGAAUUCUAUGCUUUCCUUGCACCUUUCCUUGGAGGCCGAAUAUGGGAGUAUGUUUUGAUUGCUACAUAUUCUCCAGUGGCACUCAUUGUUUUCAUUCUUUACGUGAGGUGCACUGCUAUAAAUCCUGCAGACCCAGGAAUAAUGUAUAAAUUUGAUAAUCAACCCAACAAUCAUCUCAAUGGAGAGUCAAACAAAGAUGUACAUAAUAGAUUUGAUGAAAAUGGUACAGAUGGUCACUCCUCGCCGUAUUCAGUGUCCAGGAGCUCGACAAUGGCAAGCAACUUGAGUAAGAUUGGUUCAGCAAAGGAAAUUCCUAAGUCUAGUGAUCCUGUACAGCGAGGAAAGAAAAGAUCUUCUUGUAGUGGCAUUGGAGGAAUCUUCUGUUUAUUGUUUGUCCAUGAAGAUUGUCGUAAAGAGGAGGAUAUUGAGGAACAACAAGGCAACGGAGAAGAUGCUUUAUUUUGCACACUAUGCAAUGCUGAGGUGCGCAAGUUCAGCAAGCAUUGUAGAAGCUGUGAUAAAUGUGUGGAUGGGUUUGAUCAUCACUGCCGGUGGCUCAAUAAUUGCGUGGGAAGGAAGAAUUACAUGACUUUCAUCUCUCUGAUGGCCUCAAGUCUUAUUUGGCUUGUUAUUGAAGCAGGAAUUGGUAUUGCUGUGUUUGUACGUUUCUUUAUAAAUAGAAGAGGUAUGGAGGCUGAAAUUAUUGACAGACUUGGGAAUGGUUUCACUCCUGUCCCCUUUCCAACAGUGGUGGCUUUCUUCUCGGUAGUUUCCAUUAUAGCUUGUAUACCUUUGGGCGAACUGUUCUUUUUCCACAUAAUACUGAUGAGAAAGGGUCUUACGACAUAUGAGUAUGUUGUGGCUAUGAGGGCUAUGAGUGAGGCACCACCAGGAGCAGCGUCUGACAAUGAUGAAUUACCAAAUGAGCUGUAUUCACCAAGUGGGUCUGCAACAACUGGUUUCAGCGGUGGCAGUUCUCUAGGCCUCCAGUACAAGGGUGCUUGGUCGUGUACCCCUCCCAGAGUAUUUGUGGAUUAUCAGGAAGAAGUUGUCCCUCAUUUGCAGCCUGGAAUGGUCCCAUCAACCACUGAUCCAGAUGCAACAGGACGAAGCAAGGCACCUAGAAAGCCAGUCAAGCGCAGUGCAUUAAGGCUUGCAAAGUUGGAUCCCAAUGAAGUCAUGAAAGCUGCAGCAAAAGCCAGAGCUUCAUCAUCUGUGAUGCGACCAGUUGACCGUCAACGACAAGCUAUUGACUAUAGUUCCAGCGAAAACAUAAGCAUCCAAAGUAGUGUGAGUACAGAUAUGGGUGCAAACAAAGAUUUUAAAGGCGACUUUAGAAUCUCUUCUAUGAGAAAUUCUGUUGCUCCUAGUCAAGGAAGCAGAGAUGAAUAUGAAACUGGGACCCACAGCAUGAGUAGCUUCAGCAGUCCUAGUCAUGUACACGAAUCAGUAACGCUAAGUCCUCUCCCACGAGCUCAUGGAUCAAACCAUUUCAAUGCAGCUGGCUCUAUUCCUGGUUUGAACGCAGCUCAGCCUUCUACUUCUAAGGGAACCUUCCAUGGCGUUGAUCCAGUAUCUAGUUUUCCAUCACUACUCGACGAGAAGAAGUUUCAGAAGGAAAGUAGUACAGAUCCAUUAUUGCUCUCAGCUUCAACCGCUCUUCUUAGAGAUGUCAAAAGGACAUCUGUAAUUUGGGACCAAGAAGCUGGGAGAUAUGUAUCAGUCGCUGCUACAACAGAUGCUAGAAAUAAAUCUUUACAACAAAUUGCAACAUCAAAAGCUAGUGUAGAUGCUAAUAGUUACAGUAGAAGACCAAUGCCAAUGCCAGCAGCUCAACCAGAAGAGUCAUUUUCCUCAAGAGCUCAACUCCAGCAAUCAGAUAAGUUGAUGUACACCGGGGAAAGCAUUUUCUUUGGUGGGCCAAGUAUUCCUGGAAAAGAUGCUGCUAAAACUGAUAAUAAUUCAAUAUUCAGGCGGGGUCAGGAGCGGUUGUUCCCAAAUACAUCCCGGGAAUCAAGAUUUAAAAGGGAUACUGCAUCAAACCAGCUUCCUGUUUUUGUUCCAGGGGGAUUUGCACAGAAUCCUCAGUCGUCUUCUGGUGUGAGAUAAUUGUUCGUCUUGAUAUUCAUACAUGGCAGUAUUUUCAGGUGGCCUAAUUUUUUGACCCAGCUAAAGCAUUUGAGAUCAGAAUUGAGAUUCUAGUGAAGCUUUUAUGCGGCCACACCAUGCUCAAAUCUGGAAAGUGGAGCUGCGCUACUCGCAAAUGUUCUUUUCCUGCUGCCAAGUUACAAACGCGAUAUACUCCAACAUGGACAUUACUAAUUCAUCACAUGAUCUCAGGUGUGGGCUUCUCUUGGCAGCUUCAAUACUGGGUUCCUUUCUCACACGGUCAAGGAUCACUUUUAUCUCUUAAGGUCUCUCUAUUACUUUCUCCAUCCUCUAGCUCGUUAUGGUCUCGUUCGUUAUGGUUGGUAUUAUCAUAUUGAAUUAUGUUUCUCGGUGGUGGAAGCUCCCAGAAUACCGCCAUGCCAAUCUUGUGUUGAUAUAUGUGUAGAUGAUUUCCUUAAAAUUCAUUCAAAACUUCAAAGGUGUUAAUAUUUAAAAUUUUGUAUCAUCAAUGAAUGAGUUGUCUUUGCAAUGAAGUGCGAC